ACUCUCUUUGCAGGUCUCCAUGGGAUGGAUGGACUUUCCAGGCUGCUCCCCAAGAUCCUUUUGAUUAGAGAUGCCAAGGAUUGAACCUGGGAUUUCUACAUGAAAAACAUACAUGGCGGUAUCAGGCAAUCUUUUCUCUCACCAGCUGUUGUCAUGGGAAAGAGACAAGUAAAUAAUGAAGUCAACAGGCAGGAGACUUUGGAGUUGGAGCUAAACCAGCAGUCACAAUCCGCAGCGAGAACUGCAAGUCAACCAUGGCCACUGUCAUAUGCUGGGAAGCCCAUGAGAUCAUUCAACAAAGAUGUGUAUGGGUCGGUGGGCUCUAUGCCUAGCCAGAGCAAGUCUCCACUCAGAGGAAGCAGCAUGACCAGGGAUGGCCACACGGAAGGCCAGCCGCUGCCUCCAGGUGGCGAGCAAAAGGGGAAAACAGGGAACACACACCAGCUGCCCUUGGAAAAAAAGAAAAAGGUCAAAAACGCUGUAGAAAACCACACAGGCUUAAGGAAGCAGCCCACUCAGCAUGUCAAAGGCCUUCCUUCCGAGAGCCACGAGGAGGAGGGCAUUCUCCCUGCCGCUUACUUCAGUCAAACAAACCGAAUACACACAGAUAGGCUCCAGUUGGAAGCAGCCAACACCAUCUCUGCCUAUUUUCACCCACAAGUAUAUUCCCAUCAUCAAGGCAGAUUGCUGGCAGAAAAGCCGGCUUUCAAAAACACAGGGCUGAACGUUGGGCAACUCUCUGGUAACUUGGGUCACCUCAACCGGCCUAGCAAGAACAAUCCUUACUACAAACUCAGCCAUUCCCUCAGAAACACCAGUAAGCCCUCCUGGCUCACAAACCGACAGACAUCGAGCCUGCUGCAUGACUUCAGCAUCUUAAAGAACGAUGCUGACAAUGCAGAGGUGUGCCUGACAGCCUGCAGGAGGGAGCAUGAGGAGGUGGAGGCCUACUGCAGCAGCGAAUUUGUGGCGAAUGGGAUUGUUCAUGAUGUCACCAUGAUACAUAAAGGAACACGCUUAGUGAUGCUGUUGGUAAACAGUAAUGGACUAUAUAAGAUGAAUCGCCUGUACCUCAACCCUGAUGGCUUCUUCUUCCGAGUUCACAUUCUAGUCGUGGAUACCUUGAACUGCAGUAAACCUUGUCCAGACUUCAAACUUGGUAGCAGAUACAUUGUGAUGGGCCAGAUCUACCACAGGAGACGACAACUCCCUGCAGUUCUGCAGGAGCAUGUGAGGGGGCGCCUGAGGCCAGGAGAUGGGCUGCUUUGGAGGGGCAGCAGCUAUGUGAAAAGGUUCAACAGAAGGCGAGACCAGAAAGUUCGAGGGACAGCUCACACCAAAUGUGGAUGAGGCUGCAACGCAGCCACAGCUCCUGGGGCUGAAGCAGUUUUAGGGCUGCUGUCGGACAAAAAAUAAUCCCUGCUUUUGCCACAGACUUUAUCUACCUUCUCUGUAAACAGCCUCCAGGUUUUGCUCCGGGGGUGGAAGAAGUGACUGGCCCAGUUAUUGAGUCAUGAGUUUUCAAUGGCUUACAACAACCUACCAGUCCCCCCCCCCCCCCAAAAAAAGCUACAAUAAAAGAGUUCGUGCUUCAAGGCA